GUUGGGAUCCCAUGCAAGAGGCUGUUGGAGACUGUGACGGUGAAAUGUGGUCAUUGUAGCAAUCUCUCAUUCCUAAGCACAAAGCCUCCAGUUCAAGGUCAAAUUUGCUAUGAGCAUCAGAAAACCCUGCAUCAGAGUUUGUGCCAAGAAUUCAAGAAAAGCAUUGCUCCUUCUUCGUCUUCGUCUACAACCAGCGAGCCCUUGUCCCCAAAAGCUCCAUUUGUGGUGAAACCUCCUGAAAAGAAGCACAGGCUUCCAUCUGCCUACAAUCGGUUCAUGAAGGAGGAGAUACAGCGCAUCAAAACAGCGAAUCCAGAGAUACCACAUCGAGAGGCUUUCAGUACAGCUGCUAAAAAUUGGGCCAGGUACGUUCCAAGCUCCUCAGGAGGGUCAGCUGUUCCCAAUAUCGGUAACAAUGUUUAACUUUAUGAAAGCUGGUAUUUAGCAAGGAACAUUAAUUGCUGGUUGGACGGCGAGUAGGGCAGGACAAGUUAAUUAGCUAUUCAGCUUUAAUUAAGUUUUCAAGCAUUAGUUGUUUUCUGUGUUUUAUGAAUGUAUUAUUAAUCAAUGAAGUGGGACUUUCGCUUCCUUUUGAACCACGGGAUAUGAUGAAAUUUUAUUAUCUAUUACUGUUACCUCU